CCGUCUAACACAUAGCCGUCGUUUAUCGUCAUACGGACGUAUCAUAGCACGCUGCGAAUGAUUUCGGACUACGCGGGUUCAUGUGGAUGUGGUUCCGCGAUCCGCGUGUCACCAAGACAAAGGAGAACGGACUCGUCGUGAAACGCAACUAACGCCGUAGCCAUUGCUCACCAGACAGUGUCAUCUGGUCCACCCGAGCGGGUGGAAAAUCUUUUUAAAGGCCAAGAAAAUGAGCAGCGCGUAAAUCGGAAAGUAUAACCUCCUAUCGGGACCGCAGACCGGGAUUUCUGCGGGCGCAAUAUUUCUUGUGUGUUUGUGAACCAGCAGAAAACAAAUGGCGACUGGUGGAAACGUGUGCAUUAGAUUUUUCUCUGUUUUCAACCAACCAACCAAAUGCCCUAGUUAAAGGCGUCAAUUAAAAGUGCAGUGCCAGUAUCUCGCGGUAAUUAGUGGUAUCGGCUCCCAUGAUGAUGUGUCGGUCCACUGACACCAGGUUUCCACCGACCGAAACACAAAAGGAAAACGCUUCGUAGCUACACCCGUGCCAUCGUUUUUCCGUGCAGUUUAGUAUGUCCACCGGUGGCAGGUCAACGCCGUGCGUGGUGCGUCCUCGCCCAGGGAAAGCAAGAAGAAGAAGCAGUUUUGCUGUUAAUAAUUAAGUUACUCCACGGCACGAAGCUACCGGAAGUAUCUUUAAGGUCACCUUAAAGUGCCACGGGUGUUCGGGGAAACAAUGCUUGUGGAAAAUGCGAACAUUUUCAUCCUGGACGACAGUAACGUCGUCGGUGUGCCUCAAUCCACCACCGGUGGGGACGACGAGCAAUCCUCCUCCUCCCCGCUGGCGGAUGGUGGUAACUGCGUGAUAAAUCCCACCUACCUGCUGGGACCUCCAUCGGAAUCCGAUGUGGCCACGUACAGCCUUCGCUCGGGCGAAUCAUCCCGGGCCCAUAUCGCGCCGGCGGAUAUCCGGGACGCCAGCUCGCUGGGGAAGAAGCAGACCGCGGGGCAUAGUUACCAGCUCCACACGGCUAUCGUUAGCCUGACCGAGGGCUCGGCAGGUCUCGAAAACAGCAUCAACAGAGGCAGCAGGGCAGAUACCCGUGUGGAAUGUAUUAACGGGGAGUUUCUCAUUGCCGAAGACGACUACUAUCCGUACAACGAUAUUCCAGAUGAUCCCCACUUCAGCGACUUGGUCUACUCGGCCGAGAUAGCGAUCGAUGCCGGCAUUUACCCGGAGCGCAUCUACCAGGGUAGCAGCGGCUCGUACUUUGUCAAGAAUCCCGCCGACAAAGUCGUGGCCGUCUUUAAACCCAAAGAUGAGGAACCGUACGGGCGGCUGAACCCAAAGUGGACCAAAUGGAUGCACAAGCUGUGCUGUCCGUGCUGUUUUGGUCGCGCCUGCCUGAUACCGAACCAGGGGUAUCUCUCGGAAGCCGGAGCUAGUCUAGUGGACCAAAAACUAAACCUUAACAUCGUGCCGAAGACGCGCGUCGUCCGGCUGGUGUCGGAAACGUUCAACUACCCGCGCAUCGACCGGCAGAAGGCGCGUAUCAAGAAGACGAUCAAGGAGCGCAUUCCGGCGGCCCGGUUCAACCGAAUGUCGCUGCCACCGAAGACGGGCUCGUUCCAGCUGUUCGUCGAAGGCUACAAGGAUGCCGACUUCUGGCUGCGCCGAUUCGAGCAGGACCCGCUGCCGACGCGGCUUGCGCAAAAGUUUCAGAUCCAGUUCGAGCGGCUGGUCGUGCUGGACUACAUCAUCCGCAACACGGACCGGGGCAACGACAACUGGCUGAUCAAGUACGAUCAGCCAUCGAUCCUGCCGACGACGCCCACGAGCCCGACCGGUGCCAACGGGUCCGUGCCGAACGGCAUCAACGGCGGCGGUUACAUUCCACGCAGCAGCAGUCGACUGGAGAUGAUGGAGCACACGGACUGGAAUCUGGUGCAGCUGCCCGAAAUAAAGAUUGCCGCGAUCGAUAACGGGCUGGCGUUCCCGUUCAAGCAUCCUGACUCGUGGCGGGCCUAUCCGUACCACUGGGCGUGGCUCCCGCAGGCCAAGCAACCGUUCAGCCAGGAUAUCAAGGAUCUGGUGCUGCCGUCGCUGUCCGAUCCGAACUUUUGCGAGGAACUGUGCAACGAGCUGUACGAGCUGUUCAAGCAGGACAAGGGUUUCGAUCGCGGCCUGUUCGAGCGGCAGAUGUCUGUGAUGCGCGGCCAGAUGCUCAAUCUGACGCAAGCUUUAAAGGACGGGAAGAGCCCGGUACAGCUGGUCCAGAUGCCAGCCGUCAUCGUCGAGAGGUCGAAGGUAAACCCUGGAUCGUCGAGGUUUUUCUCAUUCCAGCAGCGCUUCCAAAACAAGAGUCCGUUCUUUUCGUGGUGUUAGGUUUUUAUGAGCACACAAAAUAAAAAAAAAAAAGAACGACAAACGAGGGAAAAUCAAAUCACAUCGUCAUCACAUCCUCCUCCGGAAAGGAACAGAAACGAUCGGGGGUAUUGUCGGCAGUAAAAACUCUAGCCU